CUCGGGUAAGUCGGGUAGUCCGUUUUGUUGUCGUGCGAGUGAACGCUCGUAGCUGCUCGUAGCCAAUGAGUUGUUUUUGAGGCAGGCCCUUGGUAAGAAAGCCUCUUGGUUCCGCGGGUCGUACGCCGUGAUCCCUGGCGCGAGGUGCGAGAAUGCCGCAGGAUUCGCCGACCCUCGCCGCAGAGAUCCACGACGCCUGAAAGCUGGCGGAGCGCCGCCGCGCGACACACUCACGAUUGAGGGCGUUACGUCCGCCGUUACAGAUAACAUCUCUCCGUUAAAUGGUGAUUAUCGAUGCCAUGGAGAGAAGGAUAAAGCUGAAGACUCUCAACAGUCACAUAACGUGCAAGAUAUGCCGUGGGUAUUUGAUUGACGCCACCACGGUCACCGAAUGUCUGCACACGUUCUGCAAGAGCUGCCUGGUGAAGCAUCUCGAGGAGAAGCACACCUGUCCGACAUGCCAGAUCGUAAUACAUCAGUCGCAUCCGCUACAGUACAUCAGCUUCGACAGAACCAUGCAGGAUAUUGUCUACAAGUUGGUGCCCGAUCUUCAAGAAAAUGAGAUCAAAAGAGAAAGGGAAUUUUACAGAGCCAGAGGUUUGCCUUGUCCCAAAGACAUUUUGCCCAACGCCGGCGAGGUCGAGGAGGAAAAAGCCAACGCGGACGCGCACGCGGAAUCGGAUUACCAUCGCGCUGACGAACAGGUUAACGUAAGUUUGGAGUGUACAAACUCGAGUCUGAAGACCCUGAAGAAAAGAUUUAUCAGGUGCUCGGCUCAGGCUACGAUAACGCACAUGAAGAAAUUCAUCGCCAAGAAGGCUUUGAACGGCAUGGAUAAAUAUAGAGAUAUCGAUAUUUUGUGCAAUAACGAAUUAUUAGGUAAGGACCACACGUUGAAGUUUGUUUACGUGACGAGAUGGAGGUUCCGGGACCCACCCUUGAGGCUACAAUAUAGGUCGCACAUAGACAUGCAAGACUAACCCUUCUACAUUCGAGAUGUACAAAGAUCGCCGAGGAUCCGUUCCUUCAUUUGUACAUUCUUCUAGUUUACAUUCGCGUCUUAAUUGUUGUGGUACUUACCUCUACGUCAUGCAUUUGCGUGGAAUUAUUAGAAAAUGAAGUUGAGUCUCUGCGAGACAGGGCUACAUCGCCCUGUACUGCACGUUCGAGAUGCGUUAUUUGAUACUGACAACUGCAGCUCUCGUUUUUAUUUUAUUUUAUUUCAACUGCACGAUAACUGACUUGUCUUUUAUAGCCGAAGAUUUAUUUGCAAAAUUAUGAUUUCUCUUUUUAGCACACUACAUCUAAUAUUGAAUGUCUGUAGUACAGCGAGGCAUCGCGACGUCUCGAGAGAAGCAAGAAUCUGUACUUCUGACUCGCGGUGUGCGCGGAUGUUCCGUUGCCGCCGCGUCGUACAGAUUCCUGCGCGUGAAGUUUCGGCGGACCAUCCUUCCUCUUGAUCCUCGAUGAACGAGUGAGACUUCUUAUUUUACACGACGCGGAACGAAACCGCGGAUCCUCAUUAUGCGAGAUUGCGCGUUUUUUUUUUAUAAUCACAUACUCCAUCAUUGUACAUAGAAUAUUUUUGACAGAAUCGCGAACGACAUUGCAUCGUAGAGACGCAAAGCUUUUAUUAGAUAAAUGAGAGAGAGAUCGGGCCUGGAUGACCGGGCCUUUUUAACUUUGUAUGUUUAUGCGCCGUACAUAUUCUAAGCGCGUCUCAAGUUUCCCUCGGCAUCGGCUCGCUAUUGGAAGAGUAAGAGGGAGAGAGAGACAAAGUACUCGGUGGCGAGAUAUUUUCAGGAGAUUCGCCAUCCAGCGAGCGCCGUGUCGAGCGAAACGCGUGGCGCACGUCGCUUGUAGUGAACGAUCCCGUUUCAUCCGACGCUCGCUGAAAAUAUCGUAGCGAGGGGGUGUGCGAUGUACAUAUAAGCGUCAGGAGGUGGAACGCACACGAUUUUUCGCGCAACCGAACGGUAGCGAUACCGCGAGAACGCUGGAGCUUGUACACUCUGUAUGCGCAUCUUCAUAAGUUAUUAAAUAAAUAUGUUUUGUACAGUAA